AUGUUUGUUUUCUGUCUGUCGCAGCUUGGAAUGGAGCCCGAGGUAAAGCGCCUUAAAACGGACAAAAAAUAUAUGAAAAAUGGCGUGGCUGAUGAGAAAUUUAUCAUCUCAGACGAAUUUUCGGAUUCUGAGAGAAGCACCACCGAUAAUCGUGGCGAUCGGGCAGAACGCGCGCCCGACGCGGGAAAUGAGCAACUUCCGGUCUGUAAACAUGGCCUGGAGUGCAACGAAAUAGAUUUGAUCCACUUUGCAGAAUUCUGGCAUCCGACAGAUACAAAAUUAGAAGAUUAUGAAAAUAACAACGUGGAGGCCGGAAAACAUGAAGAAGAGGAAUGCGAUGUGGUGGAGUUGCCGAAUUACCAGGUUGAAUGCACCCAACCGGUUUUCGACGACGAGGAUUUAUAUUCUGACGAUGAGGAAGAAAAUGACAAAGAUGAUAAAUUCUUUCCGUCAAAAUCACGCGAAGAGCAUUUAAGUGGCGAUAGUUUGGGAUCGCAGUAAGUAUUUUUAGAAUGAGCAGGGAAUAAGCUCUUAUCAAACAUAGAAUGAGAACAAAGGUUGGCAGCAUGUUAGAUUUGCAACAGCCAGCUGCGCUUGAUGUGACUUGCCAGUUGUCACGCGAAAAACAGCUUCGAGUGUUUUUGUAUUCGCGAGGGGAAGAUUUAUGAAGAGAGGCGCUUAAUAAUUCCAUUUUACAUCUUAAAGGCAAAAUUAUUUAUUUUGUUGAUGAACUAACACAUCUAAUAUAACUAAUAAGAUACUAGGACAUUUACAUAACAAUUGUAGACGACACUUGAAGCCAUAACCUUGAAAGCUGUCUAAAGUUUGUAAUGGACAGUGCAGUGUUCUUUAGAUUAGCAAGUCUGAUGGUCGCACAAAACUAGACAGUUUGGCGCGAUGAUUUUUAAGCCCGUGUGAAAGUGUGAGUCCCCCCGAUAGAAAAAAACAAAUUUUCCGGGAUUUUAACCCAUAAUUAAAAUUAUGGAGUGUUAAUUGUACUUAAUUUACUUACGUCUUUUGUUCAUUAGUGAAUGUUCCGUUGUAGUGUUAUCCAUGAAUCAAACUCAUCUGAGUUUCUAGGGAAUUUUUUCUCGCCCUAUGGCUUCAGGAAAUAAAUGUUGAUCGCUGAAUUCCGGCAAAAAUUGUCUUUCAGAUUGUCAAGAAACGACACAGUUUUAAGUCGUGGUCCCAGCAUCGUAAAGUGCUACUCUCUUCUUUCCGAAUCCGAACGCCGGGAACUCAUAAGAAGGGCCUUUGAAAUGAAAGAUCUCUUGAAAAAGGAACUUGAUAAAACGUUAGAAAUUAUUGACGAGAAGAACAAAGAGCUCAGACGGGUGCAUUCUCAGCUAGAGAGAGGGCAACUGAUGGUUGAUGGAGAAAAGGAGGCUUUGGAUAAAGAUGACUUGUGCUAUUUUCCACUUUUUGCUGAGAGGGAGUACAAAGAGGGAUCAGCCGCUCAGAUGCAUUUUCGUCUUGCAGGUUAGAAUUGCAAGGCAUGAGUUGGGGCAGGGGGGAGGGGGGCAUCCCCUACUGUUCUCUAUACAUUUUUUAAGGUGCUGAUAAGGAGAAUUAGCUUAACGAUCCCAAGCUUCUGUAGUUGUUGAUCAUUUCCAUUAUUCUCAUGACCCUAAUAAUUGAUUCAGGGGAGAUGCUGUAAGGAGAAAUUAGAUGCUAGUCACUCUUAGGGGUUAAAGGGGUUAACUGGAAAACCAUCAUAGUUCCUCAGGCCUGUUUGUUUACCCAAAGUACAAAGAGUUCUAAGUGCUGGGUUCUGAAACCAGGCCCCACUUGCAAAAGCUACAAGAAGUCUUGGGGUGCCUCUUUCUAAGGCAGCAUUAGAGGAAGGGAGUCUCCUCUUCUUCCUGUUCUCUUCGACAUCCCACAUGUUAGCCUCUUUUCCAUUGCCCUCCUCUUUGAAAUGCUGUGGAUUAAUUAUUAGUAUAUGUUGACUUUGUUUUUGUUCUUUCAUUUCCCUUUCUCUUCCCAGACAAGGAUGGGAAGGGAGAGGAUAUUUUCCAUCCCCUUCCUCCCUCCCCCCCCCUCACCCUUCCCCCUUUCCCCAUGACUACAAACAACUCCUUUAUUCCCAUUUGUUUCCAAAUUUUCUGUACCUGACUGUUCUUAGCUGUGUACAUCAAUUUACUAUAAGUCAUGGUUAAACCCAACCUUCACAAUCAAAUUUUGGUACCAAAAGUUUCCACCAUAAUUUUUAUUCGAUCUUUUUUUUUUUAAUCUCACAGAAUCUCAGUUCUAUAGACUUGUUGAUACAACAGAUAAGUAUCGUGUUACCAAGGUGGACUACGUAGUGAAUCCAGUUAUGAUAAGAAGAUUCCAGAGAGCCAGACAGAAGCUGAAAGAAGUUCGUGGAGAGAAGAUGUCGUACCCUGUGUUAGCUUUCCAUGGGACAAAAGAGACCAACAUUCAUUCUAUUUGUGAUACAGGAUUCAGGGUUCCUGGAGAGGCAAACUUUGAGCAUGCAACUGAUAUAGGUAAUAAUUGUAAGUUACAGUUCUGAAGAGCCAAGUUUAAUUGCCACCAAGAUUCCCGUCUCUAAUACUGUAAUCUCAGGCCCUCAAUUGAACAUAUGUCUAAAAAGCCCCCCCCCUAUGACAAUACCUUCUCUUUUCAGAAGCUCUUCUAUAAAAGCCUUUCUUAUAUGCCUUUCUCCAAUAUCACUAUCAUUGUGGUCAUCAUCAUUUUCUUGUGAUCUAGCUAGCUAGCUCAGUAGAAUCUAUUCCAUCCCAAGGGAAGGAGAUUUUUGUGUAGCUGACUUUACAACCCUUACUAAAACUUCAAUCAUCAUCAGGUUUGAUAAAGCAUAACUUAAGCUGAAAUUUUUUCUAUUUUACCCAGGAGAUUAUGGCCGUGGUGUUUAUUUCAGUGAGUAUCCUUCCUAUUCAAUGAAAUACAUCCGAGGUGCAUCAAGGCUCCUUCUCUGUCAGGUGCUCCCUGGCAAAGUCUAUGGAUGUACCAAACUGAUCCAUGGGGAGCCCCUGGAGAUGGGUCAUGACUCUCACACCUCCCCUGACGGAAAAGAACUGGUCAUUUUCAACUCUCAUCACAUCCUCCCCUCUUAUGUUGUUCAUUAUGGUGAAGCUAAUGGUGACUUUUCAUAUGAAGAUACUAAUGUGUAACUGAAGGUUUAUUGUAUUUCCUCAAAGAAGCACCCAUAUUCUGAAAACCUCCAUUCGUCAAACAUUCAUACCCUUGGCCAAAAUAUCAAAUAAGCACCCUGCCCUUCUCUCUCACUUUCUGAAUUAGUAAGGAAACAAGGAAAACCUGUUUCUAUUGCCACCUUUUUUAAUAACUUUUCAACCUUCAACUACAGCUGAACCAGUAUAAGAGAAUAGUUUCUUAAUAAGCACCACCCUCAAAUAAGUACUCUCCAUCCCACAAGUGCUGUCCUUUCAAUAAGCUCCCUCCUUCCAGUAAGAGCCUUCUAUCCAAUAUACUACCUCCGUCCAAAAGCACUCCUCCUUUUGGGUGAAAAAUUAAAUUAUAAAAUAAUUCAAAUGGUACGUGCGCUCUGAUUGGCCAUAAAACCAUUUUACAUGAGUGUAUGUAAACAUGGUUUUCGUUCCUCUUUCAUUAGUUAUUUUAUAAAAGAAAUGUAAAAUGGUUUCCGUGUUUACAU